AUGCUAGGCGCUCGGGCGGUUGAGGGAGCCGCCGUGGCGCUCCUGCGACUGCUGCUGCUGCUGCUGCCGGCGCUCGGCGUGGUCCGUUUGGCGGGGGCCGGGCUGCCCGAGAGCGUGAUUUGGGCCGUCAACGCGGGCGGGGAAGCGCAUGUGGACGUGCACGGGAUCCACUUCCGCAAGGACCCUUUGGAAGGCCGGGUGGGCCGAGCCUCUGACUAUGGCAUGAAGCUGCCAAUCCUGCGUUCCAACCCGGAGGACCAGAUCCUGUAUCAGACGGAGCGGUACAACGAGGAGACCUUCGGCUACGAGGUGCCCAUCAAGGAGGAGGGGGACUAUGUGCUGGUGCUGAAGUUUGCCGAGGUCUACUUUGCGCAGUCCCAGCAGAAGGUGUUUGACGUGCGGUUGAACGGCCACGUGGUGGUGAAGGACCUGGAUAUCUUUGAUCGCGUAGGGCACAGUACCGCCCACGAUGAGAUCAUCCCGAUGAGCAUCCGGAAGGGGAAGCUGAGCGUCCAGGGCGAGGUGUCCACCUUCACAGGCAAACUCUACAUUGAAUUUGUCAAGGGAUACUAUGACAACCCCAAAGUCUGUGCACUCUACAUCAUGGCUGGGACAGUGGAUGAUGUACCAAAGCUGCAGCCUCAUCCAGGACUGGAAAAGAAAGAAGAGGAGGAGGAGGAGGAAGAAUAUGAUGAAGGGUCUAAUCUCAAGAGACAGACCAAUAAGAACCGAGUGCAGUCGGGCCCCCGCACACCCAACCCCUAUGCCUCGGACAACAGCAGCCUCAUGUUUCCCAUCCUCGUGGCCUUCGGAGUCUUCAUUCCAACCCUCUUCUGCCUCUGUCGGUUGUGA